GCGCUCCCGCUGGCCUAGUGAGCAGGCACGGCCUCGACAUGCAGAACGACGCCGGCGAGUUCGUGGACCUGUACGUGCCGCGUAAAUGCUCCGCGAGCAACCGCAUUAUUGGUGCCAAGGACCACGCAUCCAUCCAGAUGAAUGUGGCCGAGGUUGACAGGGUCACAGGCCGGUUUAAUGGCCAGUUUAAAAUCUAUGCUAUCUGUGGGGCCAUUCGAAGGAUGGGUGAAUCAGAUGACUCUAUUCUCCGAUUGGCUAAGGCUGAUGGAAUUGUCUCAAAGAACUUUUGACCAGAAGAGAUUGGGGAAUAUUUGUUAUAAAUAAAAGUGAGAAAGAAAA